CCCCCCCCCCUCCCCCCUCCCCCACCGUGCGUGAGCAAAAUGAAACAUGGAUGAGGAGGUCGCUGAAAGUUGGGAGGAAGCUGCUGAUAGUGGGGAAAUGGAAAAACGGUUAGAAGAGAAGCUCAGGAUCAGUCAGAAAGAAAAACAGUCCAGUAACCAUUCUGCACGCUCACCUCUGAAGACCACCAUGGUGAUCCAGGACGACUCUCUACCAGCAGCGCCUCCGCCUCAGAUCCGCAUCCUAAAGCGGCCCACCAACAACGGGACCCUGGGAUCCCCUCAGAACCAGAACCGGCCCACGCCGCAGGUCAAGUCUCUGGCACAGCGCGAGGCUGAGUACGCAGAGGCCCGCAAGAGAAUACUGGGCAGCGCCUGUCCAGAAGACACGCCUCAGGACAAGGCCAGCACGGACAGGCCAGCGCGCAUUAACUCGACGUUGCCUUCAGAUGACACCCGCUCAAACAAUCACACUGUCCGCCAGCCGGCCGGCCCCGACGGCACCCAGGGGUUCCGACAAAACAGAUAGAGGGGGGGCGGAGCCAAUCGGAGAGAGAGAGAGGAAGAAAAAAAAAAAGGCCGAGCAAAGACACUGAAAGCUUCCUUCUUCUCCCACUCAAACAGUCCAUGUGUGACUGAGGGGGAGGAGCUCCUGAACUGCAACAGGAAGUGACAUCACUCUGCUCCCUCCAACUACACCCCCCCACUCCAAACCUGUUUGACACUGUGAUUAAUAAGGACACCUUCUGGACCCACUGUGAUGAUCCCUUUAAGACCCCUCCCCUCCUUCAGUCCGACAACAUGGCCGACACAGAGACUUCUGAGAAAAGGAAGGAUGGAAGAGGAGGAGGAGGAGGAGGAAGAGGAGGAGGAGGAGGAGCUGGUACCUGUGCAGCAGCAAUAACCCCCCCCCCCACACACACACACACACACACAGAUGUGUGUCUUCAGUGCGUCUGCACAUGUGCGCUCUGUAUGUUUGAAUAUUAGGUUUUUUCUUCACGUCUGUAAUAGUCGAUACUUAGGGAUGCACUGAGAAUAUGUGUGGAAAACAACCCAGAGUCCAUCUGAAGCAACACACACACACACACACACAGUUUGAAUCAGUCCAAUCGUACGUCCACGUUGUCAGUGCACCCCUAACAUGUCCGUCAUUCAUGGCCAUUUGGUUUUUUUUUUUUUUUAAUAAUUAAGGGUAAGGGGUCGUGUGUCAAGUUGUAUAUGUGAUGACUUCUGUUUACGAUUUUUUAAAGCUUUUUUUUUUUUUUAAAGCAGUCUUCCCUGGAUGUUUUAAUUUCAUCGUUUCUAUUUAAA